AUGAAGUCCAGCGGCCUCUUCCCUCUCACGGUGCUCCUUGCUCUGGGUGUCCUGGCACCCUGGAGUGUGGAAGGAGGCAAAAAUGAUACUAUCAAAGUUGGAGCCUACCCUGCCAGAAAGCCUGCCCCGUGCCUUCAACAUGAGAAACCACAGUGCGGUACUGACCAGGAAUGCCCGAAAAAGCAGAGGUGCUGCCAAGAUAAUUGUGACGUCAAAUGGGUGAAUCCUAUUCGUAUUCGUGGACCAGUGAAGAAAAAGCCAGGGUAUUGCCCCAGAUUUGCAGGAAAAUGUCCGAAGAGUCGGUGCACGAUGGACACCGACUGUCUUGGCGAACUCAAGUGUUGUAAGCUCAAUUGUGGGAAAGUCUGCCUUCCCCCAGUGUAA